GGAGACUAUACCACAGGCUGCGCUGGCUGGGUAUGUCCAGUGGGAGAAAGGACUGGGCAUGCUCCCAGCUGUGCCAAGUGAUCUGGGAGAAUAUAGCUGCAUGUAGUUUCGCUUAUUACGCAUUAUUUUGGGUAACUUAUUUAGUGCUCAAUAAACUUGGCUUGGCUCCGAAUAACAGGUUUACAGAAGCAUUAACUGUCUGACCAGUUUGAGCCAAAGGAAUGGACCACACACUUCAUUGACCUGUUCCACGCCCAAGGUUAUAUAUUAUUUUCUAUUAGAAAUUGGAUUCUGUCCUGAUUUACGAAAGUCAAUCUUUAAUAAGCAAGAUCAAAGACUUCAUCAGACUACUGUUCCAAAGGAAUACAGCCAGAAAGAGCUUCAAAGCCACAAACCUGAGCUGCAGGUGCCGAUGGGGAAAUUUGUGCAUCACUGCAAGCCGAAAUAGCGAGAGUGUUAUUCGCCAGAGAGAACUGAUCCGACGGUCGGGAUCCCGGCAGUCAGAAUACCAAAUACCAGAAUCCCGACACAAUUUGGAAUGCCGACACCAGCUUAGGAUCUCCAUCCUGGCACCAGAAUCUCAACAGCCAGGAUCCCGAAUGAGUAGACACCACCGCACCAGACAGGAACCAGGUGAAGCAGCUGUGUGGUGAGUCAUCUCCAAAACAAGAACAUCACUAUUUCCCGAAGACACACAAGAAGCCAAGUUUAGAGUGUUAAGAGUUCAGCACUGCUGGGGAAGUAGGAAAGAUGGCAGAGGGUGAUAUCACAACUUUCAGCGCUAUGAUGGAGACAUUCAACCUUCCAAUAGGAAAUUACAAGAAGCCAAAGCUCCUGUACUGCAGUAAUGGAGGCUACUUCUUGCGUAUUCUGCCAGAUGGCGUAGUGGAUGGAACAAGAGACAGGGAUGACCUCAAUAUUAGAUUGCAGCUAAGUGCAGAAAGUAUUGGUGAGGUGUAUAUCAAGAAUGCGGACAAUGAGAAUUACUUGGCAAUGGAUGCCAGUGGCCUUUUAUAUGGAUCGAUGACGCUGAACGAGGAAUGCCUGUUUUUGGAGACUUUAGAAGAGAAUCACUACAAUACGUACAAGUCAAAGAAGUAUGCAGAGCUGAACUGGUUUGUUGGCAUUAAGAAGAAUGGGGCAAGCAAACGCGGUUCCCGGACUCACUAUGGACAGAAAGCCAUUCUGUUCCUUCCAUUACCAGUGUCUAGUGACUAGAGAUGAUUGAUCUAUCUCCAAAUUCAUACUGUUACAUGUUAUAGUAUUUGUGGCAUUGCUGUACAUAAUUACAUUGUGUUCAAAGACCAAAUCAGUGUAUCAAUAGCAAACGCUCCCAAAACCCCAGUCUUACAGAAUUGCAGUUACAUCCAAACUGGAGUAUUUAUAUUUACACUUGCUGUAAUCUUGGAAAAAUCACUGUUCAAAAAAUGUGAAAGUUUAUCCUAACCGGCACAGUGGACAAUACCCAAAUAGUAAUAAUGUGUAAAAGCCUUAAUAACGUGUUUCUUUCUUAUGGAUUGUAACACAACUGUAAAAAACACAAAACAAUAUAUUUAUAGGGGGGAAUUCAGUUAUUUGCUGUCAGUGCAGGGUGCCCGAUGGGGUAAUUCAAUUGAUUGUUAUUCUGCUGGUAUUAGGGAGUGGUGAUAGAGUGGUCCAGAAAAUGGGGGUGUUGGCCCCAUUUUUGGGGAGUGCUGAAGGCAGGACACAGCUUCACUGGCCCCAGCAGUGUGAUUUGGCCUGAGAUCCUGAAUAACCUGAGGGUCUGAUGGUCACGCAGAUGAUCCGAUGCAGGGAAACUGGCAUUUUUUUUACUGAAGACACCUCCUGUGACUUUAGUAUAAUCUUACACAGCUGCUGCAUAAAAGAAGCAGCGGUUCUGCUUUAUGGCAUCCACCUCUGAAUCAGUUACUAAGUGACAAAAUAAAAUACAGAUGUGUCCUCAUACAGCUAGCCUCAAUACGCCACGCAGUGCAAUAUGCCUGGCGUGAGUGAGCCGCCAGGUUCCUGUACAACUCUGCUAACAUCAAGGAUCUUCCUUUGCCAGAAAUGCAUCUUAUUUGCAUUGUUAUGUGACUAGGAUGCAUGAGGAAACUCUGCAGAUUAAUUUGAUAUAUGAUACGUGUAUAUUUUGUGUGACUGAGUUCUGAGUCAGUAGCGGUUCUUGCCACGGGCAAGCAGGCUUUUUGGCAGGGGUGCCGCUGUCCCCACCGCCGCCAUCGUGGCAAGAAGCCGCUACUGAUCCCCGCUCCCCUCUCCCUGGCUGCAGCAGGCGCCGUGGGCUGUGUGGGCGCCCGCUGCAGCCGGCUCCACUGAUAGACACUAGAGGUCAUAACUGACCUCUAGUGUCAGUGCGGUGCUGCUAUGGGAGAGUUUAUCUUUUGUCUACUACCACGGAGUAUUUGCCCCUGGAGGUGUAUUUAGAAUAUUUUGGUACGUUAGAAAAUGCUAUAAUCUUGAUCUUACAGCAGCAUCAUUAGAAGAUUUAUAUGCAGAAGGUAUAGUGGUACUACUGGUAGCUAACAAAUACAGGGCCUGAUUCAUGUUUUGGUGGGUUAUAUUUUUUUUCUGUGCAUGGUAAAUGCUGUCUUCUUUAUUUUUACACUGCAAUUAUGUUUUUUUUGCCCUUUUUUUAUCAAUGAAUGAUAAAUUUCACUGUGAGUGAUAAAUUGCACCAGCCAAUCAGCUCCUAACUGCCAUGUUACA